AUGGUCAGAUACGCGCUUUCUCUGCUCGUUGGAGCCGUUGCCGCUCUGCCGGCCGCUCCAGGACUAAACAGCCAAGUUCCUCCUAGCCUGCCCAACGCUGAUCCUGCGGCUGUUAUGUCUGUUCCACAGAGCAGUGUCAAGAGCUACCAGACCGGUGGUCUUGUUCGUUACAACGUCACCGAGAGUUCCGAACUGUCCAAGCGUUGGGACUGCAGCACCUCGCCUAUUCUUACCUGGGGCGAUACUGAUACUGGCGGUCCAGGCAUCACAAUCGACAACGAUGCCGAUGACUGGCGUGGUUUCUAUUUCUACUACAACAGCUGUGACAGUGUGCCCUGGAAGUACAUUUGGAUUGCUGCAAAAAGCACCCAGUUUGUCUCCGUCCCCACGGGCUGGCAGGGCCGUGUCCAGCGCGGUGUCGAUGCCACCAUGCUUGAUGGCCAGCCGCAGCUGCUCGGUUCUUGGCUGGAGAUUAGCUGGGACACCGCCACUGGUAACACCGGCUGGGCUGAUGUCUCGCUCAUCCGCGGUAAUGAUGGCGGCAUUCUUGUUUGGAAUGAAAAUGGUGACUGGAAGGGAUUCACACAGUGGGUUCUGGAUGGUGCACCGGAAGGUGCCUAUGACAUGAAGAACGACGGACAGUGGGUUAUCAAGUACACCGAGAACUCUGACGGUUCGAUCAACACCAUUCCUCGCGAUUGGGACAUCCAGGAGAUCGGCUCCGAGUACGUCUACGUCGAUGAUGCCCACGGUAGCCCUGUUAUUUCAACCCCCAAUCAGCGCUUCUCUACCUUCUGGCCUGACGGCCGUGCUUAA